AUGGACUUUGGCCUCGAGGGCCACACGGCCACACUGUGUGGCGAUUUGAUUGUGGUGGUUGGCGGUAAAACAGCUGCAUUUUGUCUGAAUGAGUCUGUGCUCACGCUUACGCUUCCAGGCUUUGAGUGGCGACAGCUUCCAUGUGACGGGGCGAUUCCAGCGCCACGGGCGUACCACUCUACCUGCUUGCACGGUACACGGCUUGUCGUUUUUGGCGGCAUUACAAGUGUGGGGCUGAACGAUGUUCACUACAACACGUAUAAUGUCUUUACGCUGGCCGACGGACUCGACGGGGCGACGCUGCGGCGUAUGGGUGCCGAUCGUUUUUGUGAUCCGUCAAGGCUGCGACCGCUGAUGCCGCAAAAGAUGGAGCCGGAUGGUGCCGUUCACAUUCUUGACACGUCGGCCUCGCCGCCCCGCUGGGAGUCGGCGCAGUGUACUGGCAAUGUACCGUGCAACCGCUCGCACCACGCCGCCGCGGUGCAGGGAAACGCCAUGUACAUUGUGGGAGGCUACAAUAUUUAUUCCUCACAGGCGCAACCGGCCGUUGAUUUUGGCUGUCUCUACCGCCUCGACCUUACAACGCUGUGCUGGACAAGCAUCCGACUCAGCACUCCGCUCUAUUACUGGGGGGCGACGCUGACUCCGUUGGGCGGCCCGCUGCUCUGUCUCUUUGGUGGCGUAUCGCGCGCACGAAACAUGGAAUCGCGUGACACUUUUUUUCUGGAUGCUCAAACGGGGUCUGUUCAGCCCGUGUUGGAGAGCAGCUGCACACCGUCACCACGCGCAGCACACUGUGCAUGGCGGUGGGGUUGCUACGUGUACAUUUUCGGCGGCGCCGGCUCCGUCGCCACUCGUUACUUUAACGAUUUACACCGUCUUUACGUACAACGCGGUGCUUGGGAGGAGGUCACGACACACGUGGAGACAAAAACGUUGUUAUCAUCAUCAACAUCGUCGGCGUCUCCUCCACCGCUCUCUGGCAGUGCUGCAGUGGUGGUUGGCGAGCAUGUAAUUUUUGUGGGGGGAAUGCGUUCAAACUUGACGCGAUUGUCCAGUGUGUUUCUUGUCAGCAUGCACUCACUCACGUGGCAGGAGGCAAAAAAAACAUUCACUGACACACCGCUGUCGUCCACAUUUGCCCACAAUAGGCCGCACUCCCGCAGAGGUGGCGCCAGUAUAGGCGUGCAGACCACGUGGAAGGGAGGGUCACCACUUGUCCUCUCACACGACGCGUUGGACCCGGUAGCGACAUUGCCCCGCGGGGCAUCUGUGAUGCAGCAACCACAACACCAACUGCAGGAGGGGGCGGAGGAGGGGCGUCAUUCCAAAGAACGCCCGCAAGAACGCUGGGAGCGAGAGUUAAGUGAACUUCGCAAGUUGACAGCAGACUGGAGCAACGUGAUCGUGGACCCAGGCACCCGCUUGAAGGGUGUUGCAUGGAGCCCGUGA